UUGGUGAAAACUAAGCAUGUCUUUUCAGGUGUUCAAUAUCCGGUGUCAGACCGGCUAAACGUCGAUCAAGUUUUCGAUCGGCGGACGGGGAAGCCUCGUCAUGAAGUACUUAGAGACUACUUUAUCAAGGAGGGUCGUAUUGAGGAGGACGCAGCAAUUCGAAUCAUACAGGAAUGUACAGCACUGUUUCGGCAAGAGAAAACUAUGCUUGAUAUAGAAGCACCGGUGACAGUAUGUGGUGACAUACACGGACAAUUUUACGACCUCAUGAAAUUAUUUGAGGUUGGUGGCUCACCAGCUACAACCAAGUACCUGUUCCUUGGUGAUUACGUGGAUCGAGGAUACUUUUCCAUUGAAUGCGUCUUGUACUUAUGGGCGUUGAAGAUCUGCUAUCCUAACACGUUGUUCCUUUUACGAGGGAAUCAUGAAUGUCGCCACUUGACCGAGUAUUUCACAUUUAAACAAGAAUGUGAGUUUUCUUCAUCGUUUUGUUUAGCCAUUUAUUUUUGUUAUCAAAGAGUUUGGCAGUUAUUUCGAGCAAAGUUCUCAGUUAGUGGUCGCUUUAAAGGCAUGUUCCAGGUCCACUGGGGGGUAAUGGGAUCUUGACG